AUGGUCACCGGACCCUUGCGCAUGGAACCCGCGGAAGCAACUGGGAGCGAGGAUCGUGGAGGGAAGAGGCCACCAGGGAUACCGACACCCCGUUCACCCUCGCCGCCCCCCAAGAAGGCGAAGGGCUCGUCCGAGCAACCGGAGGCCCGAGAACCUGGCCGCGGGAGUUUGGCUCAGAAGUCCAAGAUCGCGGCUGCGCCUGUCAAGAGGACCUCGGCGAUCGCGUCUGGAACUGGAGGGCAACCACCAGCUGGAGGUGCCGCGAUCCAGCAGGCUGUUGUGCCCUUGCUACAGGGCGCAGAGGAAAUCCCUGACGCAGAUGCGGAGGCAACGGAGGCCAUGCAACAGUGGUUGUCCAUGGUUCAGCACACAGAGAAGGCGGACGCGAAGGGAAGCGCGAAAGGAAAGGAGAAGGAGGAUCCGAAAUGGGGUGUUGGUAUACGGAAAAACUCGCGUGGCUUGUUCACCUUGGAGCUUCACCACUCGUGUCGCUGGUACUUUGGUUCCCACGCUAAGCUCCCUGCCGUGCGGUUUCUGUGCGCGGUGGCACAGAUGGUGUGGAAUCAGCAGAUUCCCGAGGACAAGCUGGUUUUGACGGACGAUGAAGAAGAGGAGUGGACCCCCGAUCUUGAUGUGGCGCGAAUUCUGCACCCUGGAGUUUUCGCGGUGCUUUAUCUGCGAGGUGCCUGCGCAAGCCCCGAAAGGUCAGUAACGUCUGGUUUCCGCUGUUCGCGCGAUUUCUUUAUACAACACGCCACAUUAAUGUAUCGCUGUAACGCUUGCAGGUUUCGAGCUGUGAUCUCACGAUACAGGACUUUGAAGGAGGAAAACACGGAAGCGAGCGACGAGGUCGCCUUCUCUGCUGCGGUUGGACUUGAGACCGUGGCGGACGAGUCACCCGCGAAGGGCAAGAAAUCUGUGCCCGCUGGAGCUGGGGGUGUGGCGUUUGUUUGCGCGGUUUCCUGGAUGGAGUGUAAGGGAUUUGAUCGAAAGACCGCGGAAGCGAGCGCGAAACAGGCCGCGCUGUUUGCAGGAGCGAACAAUCUGACCGCGGUUCUUUACCUCGCGGUUUGGAAGCAUAUCGUUACGGCAGCGACGAAGGGACAUGAUGAGGCUAAGAUCGAGCUCAAGGUCGCGAAAUAUUUCGAGAACGCGAAGAAAGUCGCUAUCACGAAAGAUGAGAAGAGCAUCAUUCACGAGCAGGUGGACGUGCUGAGAACCUGGAGCUUCGACCCAGAUGCCGCUAAGAAGAUGCGGGCGCUGGGCUUGUAUAUCGAGUGCGGUGACGAUCGCGCGAAGGCCAAGAAUCGUGACGUUAGCCGGUCGCGUGUAAAAAAGACUGCCGCGAAAUCGGACGAAGAAGAAGGUGGCUCCCAUCCGAUUGUUGAUCUUGACGACGAGGAUCCGGAGGAUUCGUGA